UCAUUGUGUAGGUGCUCCACAGGGAUCCAUACUGGGACCACCGAUCGCAUCGUGUGCAAAAAUAAGGACUUAAUUUUCAGCAAUACAGCUCGAGAUUACCAAAGUAUAGUCAUCUACAGCACUAUACACCCAUUUACUGACAACCUACGCCAGUUAUAUAUAGCAAGACAGUGGGGACACCAUGCAGCUUCCCGUGGGUCUCGCAGCUGGAGGGGGAGGCGUCUUCUUCAUGGCUGUGGUCGCCGGUUGGUACGGGAUGCCCAAGCUCAUCUCCAGCCAGAUAGCCUCCGGACUGGCACUGAAGAAAGGAUCAGACAUCCGCCAGAUGUGGUCCAACUUCUCCGACCCCAUCGACUUCAGGGUGUACGUCUUGAACCUCACCAACCCUGAGGCGGUGCACAGAGGGGAGAAACCCAUCGUACAAGAAAUCGGACCGUACUUCUACGAGGAGUACAAGCAGAAGGUGAAGCUGCGCGACCACAAGGAGGACGACACCGUCUCGUACAACAACAAGAUCACGUGGCUGUUCAACCAGGGCAAGAGCGCUCCGGGCCUCACCGGGGACGAGAUGGUCACCAUGCCACACCCACUGCUUCUGGGCCUGCUGCUGACCCUGGAGCGCGACAAGCCGGGCAUGCUGGCGCUGGUGAACAAGGCGAUCCCGCCGCUCUUCCGCAAGCCGGAGAGCAUCUUCGUGACGGCGCCGGUGCGCAACUUCCUCUUCGACGGCAUCGUCAUCAACUGCACGGUCACCGACUUCUCGGCCAAAGCGCUCUGCACGGGUCUCAAGAAGGAGGCCAAGGAGCUCAAGCGCGAGGGCGACAACUUCUUCUUCUCCUUCUUUGGACACAAAAAUGGCACGGUGGACGCCGGGCGGCUGCGGGUGAAGCGCGGCAUCCAGAACAUCGACGACCUGGGCCGCGUGGUGGCCUUCAACGGAGAGCCCAAGAUGUCCUCGUGGCGGGGCGACCCGUGCAACGACCUGCGAGGCACCGACUCCACGAUCUUCCCGCCCUUCAGGGACCCCAAGGAGCCCAUCGUCGCCUUCGGCGCAGACCUCUGUCUGUCUCUGGGCGCGAACUGGGAGCGCAAGGCGGAGUACAUGGGCGUGCCCGGCAACAGGUACACGGCCGAGCUGCCCGACAUGAAGGGCAACCCGGAGCACCACUGCUACUGCCCUACCGAGCAGACCUGCCUCGAGAAGGGCACCCUCGACCUCUCGCCCUGCGCAGGUGCCCCAGUGAUAGCUACGCUGCCGCAUUUCUACCUGGCGAGCGAGACGUACCUGCAGACUGUAUCGGGCCUGCGGCCAACCAAGGAGAACCACGAGCUCUUCAUGGUCUUCGAAUCGACGACAGGGUCACCCAUGGAGGCCCGUAAGAGGCUGCAGUUCAACAUGUUCCUCCACAAGAUCAACAAAAUAGACCUACUGGCCAACGUGCCCUAUGCUUUGAUGCCACUCAUCUGGGUCGAGGAGGGCCUUGCACUGGAGGAGAAGUACGUAUCGACACUGCGCAUGUUGUUCCGCAUGCAGGGCAUCAUGUCUGGCGUCAAGUGGACACUGAUGGCGGUUGGUAUGGGGAUGGCUGGCGCAGGGGGCUACCUGCACUUCAAGCGGCGCAAGGAGCUGGUCGUGGGGCCCGCCGAGCCCAAGAAGGUCGUCGCUGGACACGACACUACGGGCCACCCCAUCAGGCUGGAGAGCUCCCACUCUAGAUACUAGUCCUGGACACUCCAGGCCAUCCCACUGGGCUCGACAGCUCCCACUACACGUGUUAGACUUUGGAAGGUCGCAGCUGGACUUACCAACUCCCGAGGCCGUCUCCUCUGAUUACAUACCAGCGAGACAGCACCAAAAGCUGAUGGACCUGGUGGGUCUAUGGGUCUUAAGGGCAGCCUGAUUCUACCAUCUUCAGGAUCCUGCUGUGGGGCUGUAGUUGUAGAAACUAAUGUUCCUUUUCCUAGGCUGAUGAAUUCUGUGCACCACAUUGGGGAAUGCUCCCAACACCUUCGGCCAUCACCAUGCACCACAUAGCGAAUCAGGCCACAACACUCAAGCUGUUUGCAACUUGCAGUAGCAAUGGUUAUCGCUACGUUGCUCUGAUCCAACGACAUAACUCCGACAUAGAUCGCUUUGCUCGUAGAGAUUUAUCAGCACAAAUUACUGCAGUUUUGUCUUGAGAUUUAUUAACUUCCACAUAAACGACUGAUACGGUCAACAUCGUUAAUCUAUAUUUACAAGUGUCUGCAUGUAAAGUAUACUGUUGUUAACCGUAAGCAAGUCUGAAACAGUUUAUAUCGCGAUACGGGGUCUUUAACUUUCUUAUCUACCUAGAUAUUGAAGCUACUGCUGCUCUUAUAACGAAGCUAUGUACUUUCCUGUCCUCAUACUUUCUGUGCCGUUUGGUAAAGUUGCAAACCUUGCAGUCGUCCUCAAUAUGUAUCACAAAAAAAUUUACUAAUGUUGUUACUGCUGUAAUUCAUGAUUUGUUCUUCUUGCUGCCGCCCACUGUAAGAUGUUAUUACCUGAUCCUCAGGGAACACAACAGCGAACAUCUAUGCUGGUACGGUUUGUGUAUGUGAAUGCUAUUUUUCUGUGUGCAUUGCUGAAACACGUCUAGUGACGUAAGAACUUACUGUAUCUAAGAACAUUCAACAUCGCAGCGCGUCAGCAAUCGUUGGUUAAUAUACUGAAAAACUAAAAACCCACCUUGAUUGCGAAAAAAGCACCUAGUGUUAACCCAGGUUUCGGCGUAGAUAGCUACACCUUCUUCAGAACAACAAUAAAACCCACAAGUGCCUAAGAAGACCUUUGUCAAUGAUUAAAAGAACACCAUAGCUAUACAUUUAUAAAAGAAAAAGAAAAGGAAACACAAACAGUACAUAUGUACAAAGUCAAAACCACUACUUAACUUAUGGUGUACACUAUUAAGUGUACACUAUUAAGUACACUUAACUUGAUGGUGUACACUAUUAAGUUAAUGGUGUACACUAUUAAGUGUACACUAUUAAGUUAAUGGUGUACACUAUUAAGUUAAAUAGUGGUUUUGACUUUGUUCAUAUGUACUGUGAAACGUCCCCUUAGUAAAAUUAUACAUGACUGUGCUUAAACUGACACACAAUAUUUUUUUAGCGCAACGCAAUCUGACUUUCAAUAACCCCUACAAAAGAAGGGCCCUGACUAACAAUAACCUAUACCUUUCACAAAUCACUUACCUCACAAAGAUCUUCGUUACUCGAACUACUGCAAUACGGCGAGCGCCACUACUGCCAGCUAAAUAAAAGAUUCAAACUACGGAAGGCACUAACUACUGAUAGGCAUAGUUAGCAAAUGAAAGAUUUUAAUAGAGAACAAACAAUGUAUUUACCUUAAUAGUGUUGAACAAUCUUAAUAUACAUAGCAGUUCAUGACAUCCAGUCUUACAAAAUUUCAAAACUCCGCCAUUUUUCUCCCCACAUCCAUCACUGCUGGCGGCUCACCUCCAACUGCGCAACGCUACGUGCUGUUAACAUCCAGCUGCCCAACACUACAAUGGCAGACAACAAUGCAAACUAGCCACAGACUGCACACAGCACAGCCAGUGAUUUUCAUACAGAGCGCUACAUAACGUUGCCAAUAAAAAAACAUAGCCUACUUACAACUGUUUGUCUUUCCUUUUCUUUUUCUUUUAUAAAUAUAUAGCUAUGGUGUUCUUUUGAUCAUUGACAAAGGUCUUCUUAGGCACUUGCGGGUUUUAUUGUUGUUCUGAAGAGGGUGUAGUUAUCUACACCGAAACCUGGUUUACCAUUAGGUGUUUUUUUCGCAAUCGAGGCGGAUUUUUAGUUUUUUAAUAUAUAACUUACUGUAUCGUUGUCACAGCCUAAGCCUGUUUCCAUCUUUAGCCCUCGGUUUCUACAAUGGUUGUGCCUUAGUUACUGGACGCGCUUCAAUUACAGUUGUUAAAUAUAAAGGCAUGACAUUUUCUCUAGAAUUAUUCAUAAAUUGUCUCGUCUACACACUGUUAAACGCCUUAGGGACAUUUAUAAACAGAAGAGCUUCACUUUGAUAUUCUCGAUGUUUUUCCAUUAUCUGUCUAAGACAAAAUAUGUUAUUUUUGUGUACGAUGUGCAGAGCCCAAUUUUCUCUUACAUCAGAAUUGUUUCUGCUAUUUUAUAUAAUAUCUGUUAAAUUUUUCUUAAAGGUUGUGUUCAGCAGUGAAACGCAUUUGUAACUUUCAGUUUUUCCAGUUUAGUUUUUUAAAAAUAGCUACAAUAAUGACUAGUCUAUACACCUGUGGUACUUUAUUUUUGUUCAAUGUCUCUUAAAUAGGUGUAAAACAGUUUACAGUUCAUGAGAUGCAUAUUCAAUUACUUCUAUAUUUGUUCUAAAUUUUCUGAACCUUUUCGUUUUUUGAUGUGUUUCUCUGCUUACUGUAGCUCUUUUAUGUGUAUCAAAUCUUUGUACUAGUUUCCAUUCAUUUUCUUCCAACAGGCAUAAAGAAUUGUCGUUGUCUAUUGUCUGUAAUUUUGAAUAGUAAUCUAGUUGUUCGUCGGAGGCUAAUAUAUUUUUCUCUUGCCAUUUUCUGUAUUAUUCAAAUGUUACAUCAUUUUCUGAGCAAAGCCUGGCCUCCAACUCUAGUUAUACACAUAUUCUAGGUUUCUUGAUUUAUUUAUCUACUCUUAGCUUUAUCUCCUCGUUCCACGUGAAUUCCACCCUACCUUUCUUCUUUCCCUUGACACUAUCUAAUACCCCUCUUUGUUGUUUGAAGACAGAUUUUAUAACCGUUUGCGAUAAGCUUGUAUCUUGAUGUCAAACAAUUCGGUUCUUUCUUUAUUUCAGAAUCUUAACCUCAUUUUUUUCCUUACCUACGUAGUCACCACUCAAGUGACCCAAAGGUUAUUAUUCCAUAACUCUUUUUACAUGUACUUCUAUUCUUAAACAAUUAUUUAAGGGAGAAAACUAUGCUAAAAUUUUGCAAGACUGGCAGUAUCAGUAGUCAAAUACGAUUCGCCUUACAAGCACGGAAGUACAGAUUCUUCGAUCGAUUACAGGUGUAACAAGGAGAGACCAAAGAUGUAAGAAAACAUCAGUAGCUCAACAUGUAAACAUUCAAUGACAAAGUCAUGACGUAUCACCAAAAAUUCGUAUCUCAAGUAACACGGGUGAAUAAAUCAUGUUACUGAAGACCAUAGUUCAGAAACGAACCUGGUCACUUCUGCAGAGUCGGUACCGUAAUACAGGAAGACCAACAAUGAACGAAAUGUACUUUUGCAACAAACCAGAAAAACACAUACUUAAGGAGAUCGUACAUUGUUGUCUCUGUUAUUGUUGUUGUUGUCGUUGUUGUUGUUGAUAAUGAUGAUGAAUUGUCAACGACAUACAUACAUAGUUUUUAACAGCAUUCGAGCACCUUUAAAGGCACGGACAUAUUGAUACAGAGUUUUUCAUCAUUUAUUUUCACAAAACAAUGUAUGUGUAUCCGUUCCAUUAUGCGACUAAUUAAUAACGAGGGUAUAGUUGCGCUGUGAGAACAAUUUUUAUUUCUAUGUUUGAAACAUCUACCGUUUCUUUCCGCAGUAGGUUUUACUGCAGACUGUAACAACCUUCAUAUAAUAGUAUCCCUCUUUUCAUAGUCUUUCGGAUUCCCGUUGAAAAAUACGUUACUCUGCUGUGGACAGGUCCAAGGUUGCUUCAUUAUCUCGGUAAAUAGAUAAAAAAUACAACUGUUAAUAACAUAGCAAAAUACUUACCCUUUUCUUAUCUAUCAUUUGUUGAAAAUUUCGAUUCUAAACAUUAAACCAAUUAACAAAACUUAAGGAUAACUCCACUAUAUGUGUAUUCUAAGUAAAGGACUGUAAAUCUCGUGAGUGUAAUGUAACAGACAUCGAUAACUUGAUUAUGUUAAAGACGAAAGAAACUAUCCCACGCUGCAAUCAAUAAUCGACCACAUACGUACUUCACGAUCUCAACUACGAGGGAGCCAUUUAUCUAUUUGCAGUCAAUAAUUAUUUUAACCUUUAUUCUUGUAGCAGUAGAACAGUAGGAAAGUAAUUACCAGCUCUGGUGAGUCAGUGCAGUAAGGAAGAUUCCGAUAUCACACACAGUUAUUGAUUUCACAAUCUUCGAUUUCUCAUUUAUCAUUCGCAAGCUGCAAGUAGAUGGAUCUCGCUUCAAACUGGUUCGUAUAAGAUUUAAAUGUAGUGAAACAAAGAAGUACCUGCCUAUGUCAUUUCUUGUAGUCGAUCUAAAAGCUUUGAAAAUUAUCUUUGUGCUAAACGCAAUGGUGCUUGAAUAUCGUAGAUCCUUGUUUGGACUAGUUUUUGGAACAUAUUCUUAACUAUUUUUCUAUAGUAACCGUAGGGAAAUAAUUGGAAAUAUUUAUUUUUCUUGUGCUCUCUUUCUCUACAGUUUUUUUGAAAUAGUAUUAUGUA